UUCCGUUGUUUCAUUCGCCAUCUGCGGUAAGUUUACGGCGCUACAACCAUGGAGGACUCGAAAAACAAAGAGAAGAAGCUGUCGGAAAAAAACGAGGAGAAUGAAAAGAAUAAAGAAAAGGGCUCACAAACUUCUGGGAAGGAUAAAGAAAAGAAAGAGGAGCAAGAAUUGUCUGAAGAGGAUAAGCAAUUACAAGAGGAUUUAGAAAUGAUGGUGGAGAGAUUGAGCGAGAAAGACACAGCACUGUAUCGUCCAGCAUUGGAAGAGCUACGCAGACUGAUUCGCUCCUCCACCACUUCUAUGACGUCAGUACCCAAACCGCUCAAAUUUUUGCGCCCGCAUUAUGCCAAGCUCAAGGAGAUCUAUGAAGGAAUGGCCGCAGGGGAAAAUAAGCAUUUUUGUGCCGAUGUGGUGUCAGUGCUGGCCAUGACCAUGAGUGGCGAGAGGGAGUGUCUCAAGUAUCGCCUGCUGGGCUCCCAGGAAGAGUUGGCCUCCUGGGGACAUGAAUAUGUACGGCACCUGGCUGGGGAGGUGGCUAAAGAAUGGCAGGAGGUGGAGGAGAACGAUAAAACCCAGCAGGAGACAUUGCUGAAACUGGUGAAGGAGAUCGUACCUUACAACAUGGCGCACAAUGCUGAGCAUGAAGCUUGUGAUCUACUGAUGGAAAUUGAGAGGCUGGACAUGCUAGAAGACUACAUUGAUGAGAAUGCAUAUGGCAAAGUCUGCCUUUAUCUCACCAGCUGUGUGAGCUAUGUUCCAGAGCCUGAAAAUUCCGCACUGCUACGAUGUGCCUUGAAGAUCUUUAGAAAGUUCAAUCGUUACCCAGAAGCUCUCAGGUUGGCCUUGAUGCUCAAUGAUGUGGAGCUUGUUGAAAACAUCUUCACAUCCUGCAAAGACAUAGUUAUUCAGAAGCAGAUGUCCUUCAUGCUUGGUCGACAUGGCAUGUUCUUGGAGCUUAAUGAAGAUGUAGAAGAUUAUGAAGAUCUAACUGAGAUCAUGUCCAAUGUGCAGCUCAAUAGCAAUUUCUUGGCCCUCGCCAGAGAGCUAGAUAUUAUGGAACCUAAAGUCCCAGAUGACAUCUACAAAACACACCUGGAAAAUAAUAGGUUUGGAGGCAGUGGCUCUCAGGUGGACUCAGCCCGCAUGAACCUGGCCUCUUCCUUUGUGAAUGGUUUUGUGAAUGCAGCAUUUGGACAGGACAAGCUGCUGACAGACGAUGGCAACAAAUGGUUGUACAAGAACAAGGACCACGGAAUGCUGAGUGCUGCAGCUUCUCUAGGGAUGAUCUUAUUGUGGGAUGUGGAUGGAGGCCUGACUCAAAUUGAUAAAUAUCUUUACUCAUCGGAGGACUACAUUAAGUCUGGUGCUCUCCUGGCCUGUGGCAUUGUAAACUCGGGCGUGAGAAAUGAAUGUGAUCCAGCCCUUGCCUUGCUCUCAGACUAUGUCCUCCACAACAGCAAUAUCAUGAGGAUAGGGGCCAUUUUUGGACUUGGCUUAGCUUAUGCCGGCUCUAAUAGGGAAGACGUCCUGUCUCUGCUACUGCCUGUCAUGGGAGACUCUAAAUCCAGCAUGGAGGUGGUUGGAGUGACGGCAUUAGCAUGCGGCAUGAUCGCUGUGGGGUCUUGUAAUGGUGAUGUGACCUCCACCAUUGUGCAGACCAUCAUGGAGAAGAACGAACAGGAGCUAAAAGACACAUACGCCCGUUGGCUUCCUCUUGGCUUGGGGCUUAAUCACCUAGGUAAAGGAGAGGCCAUUGAGACCACUCUUGCAGCUCUCCAGGUGGUACCUGAACCUUUCCGCAGCUUUGCCAACACAUUAGUCGAUAUCUGUGCUUACGCAGGUUCUGGCAAUGUGCUGAAGGUACAGCAGCUUCUCCACAUUUGCAGUGAGCACUAUGAGAACAAGGAGAAGGAAAAAGAAGAGGACAAGGACAAGAAAGAUAAAAAGGACAAAGACAAAAAAGACACAGCUGACAUGGGCUCCCAUCAGGGGGUAGCUGUUCUUGGUAUUGCUCUCAUUGCAAUGGGAGAGGAGAUUGGCUCUGAAAUGGCGCUGCGGACAUUUGGACAUCUUCUGCGCUAUGGUGAGCCCACUCUGAGGCGAGCAGUGCCUCUUGCUCUGGCUCUCAUCUCUGUCUCCAACCCCCGUCUGAACAUCUUGGACACCCUGAGCAAGUUUUCCCAUGAUGCUGACCCCGAAGUUUCACACAACUCUAUCUUUGCUAUGGGCAUGGUGGGAAGUGGAACAAAUAAUGCCCGCCUAGCUGCAAUGUUGCGGCAGCUGGCACAGUACCACGCCAAAGACCCCAACAAUCUCUUUAUGGUCAGAAUGGCUCAGGGUCUGACUCACCUGGGAAAAGGCACACUAACACUCUGUCCCUACCAUAGUGAUAGGCAGCUGAUGAGUCAAGUGGCCGUGGCAGGGCUGCUCACUGUGCUCGUCUCCUUCCUCGAUGUCAAAAACAUAAUACUGGGGAAGUCCCACUACAUUCUUUACGGCCUGGUCGCAGCCAUGCAGCCUCGAAUGCUCGUCACCUUCGACGAGGAACUUCGACCAUUGCCCGUUUCUGUCAGAGUUGGACAGGCAGUUGAUGUUGUGGGCCAAGCAGGCAAACCAAAGGCCAUCACAGGUUUCCAGACUCACACCACACCAGUGUUGCUGGCCCACGGAGAGAGAGCUGAGUUGGCUACAGAGGAGUAUUUACCCGUCACCCCCAUCCUGGAGGGCUUUGUGAUCCUUCGCAAGAACCCCAACUACGAAACAUAGACUGCCUUAAAAUCCUGCGGUUCUCCUUAGAUAAUCAAGGGUGGCGCUCGGUAGCUCUUUGCUAUCUUUAUAUCUUAUUGUUGUGUUCGAUUGUUGGAAAGAAAAAUGGUGGGAGGACUCAGGCCAACUCCAACUGCCCAUGAAAAUGGAUGCCUUGGGGUGUGGUUAGAUUGACUUCUGUGAAAUAGAACAUGUUCACUGGUACCUUCAGUCAACAUAUAUUUUUCUUGAGCUUAGAUUUUGAUCCACACUUGCCCUCGACCAGCAGUUGGCCGUAGUUCAUAUGUAACAUCCAUUCCUCAGUAGAACAGCUUGUCUUGUAAGUGCUACAGAUGUUACCCCCAAACCAUGGCUAUAAUUUGUAAUGACAUCAUUAAAAAUAAAAAAGCAGGUGGUCUUUUUUUUACAGUACUAUUAAAACGAUUUAUCGAAAAUAAACUUGGAUCCACAUUGUAAACUGAA